AGUGAGCUGAGAUCACGCCACUGCACUGCAGCCUGGGUGACACUGUCUCAAAAAAAGAAAAAAAUCUUUUACUGUGAUGGAGGAUGUAUUGGUUUCUCUUCCUUUUGUCUUUUUGGUUUUGGUUUUUGUAUUCGUUUGCAGCGCAUCUCCGUGACAUACACUUGCUGAUGCUGACCUGAGAUGGAAUUAAUAUCUGUUUGUUGCUUUGCUUCUUUUCAGUGGGUUGUUUUUUCCGUUUCCAUCUCUGGCUAGUCUUGAAGGCUAGACUUGCGUAGGAGAGCAGACACAAGGACAUGAGCCAGUUCUGCUGAGCUGUUACUAUAUACCUGCUUUCCCACAACAGCAAGGAAGAACCAUGGCCCAGGGGUCACUGUCAUUCGGGGACGUGGCUGUGGGCUUCACCCGGAAAGAGUGGCAGCAGCUGGACCUGGAGCAGAGGACCCUGUACCAGGAUGUGAUGCUGGCCAACUACAGCCACCUGCUCUCUGUGGGGUGUCAAGUCAGCAAACCAGCUGUGAUCUCCAGUUUGGAGCAGGGGAAGGAGCCAUGGAUGGAGGAGGAAGAGAUAAGGACAUGGAGCUUCCCAGAAGAAGUUUGGCAAGUUGCUACCCAGCCAGAUAGCCAACAGCAACACCAAGACCAACGUUUGAGCAAUACGGUCCUAAACAAGAAAGACUGGACCGGAAAUGAGCUUCAUGAAUGUAAUGAACUAGGAAAAAAAUUCCAUCAGAACCUAAACCUCCUUCCAUCAAAACAGCAGGUCCACACAUGUGACUUGUGCAGAAAGAGUUUGAUGUGUAACCUGGACUUCACUCCUAACGCCUACCUGGCGAGGAGGAGAUUUGAGUGCGACGGCCACGGAAACUUGUUCUCUAUUCGAAACUUGAAACUCCACCUUCAGGAGCGAAUCCACGCGGAGGUCACCAGUGUAGAAGUGCUUUAAGCUGUGACGAGGGAUUUCCUGCAGCUCAGGGAGCCAGUAGUGAGAAACCCCACGAAUGCACGAAGUGUGGGAAAGCCUUGUCCUGCAGAUCGGACCUCAGGGUACAUCACGGGGUCCACGCGGGGGAUAAGUCCUCUGCGUGCAGUGAACGGGGGAGUGGUUUCAGGGAGAAGGUUUGUCCUGACAAACAGGGAACUCACACAAAGGAGAAACCCGCUAGAGACAGCAGAAGUGGUAAAACGAUCUUCCGGAAGACACGCCUGUGUGUCCCGGGCACAGUUCACGCCGGAGCGAAGCCUUACAAGUGUUGGGAGUGUGACAAAACCUUCUCGUACAAGUCGCGCCUCAUCGAGCACCUUCGUUCCCACACCGGGGAGAAGCCCUGCGGCUGCAGGGAAUGCGGGCGGUCCUUCUCCCGGAAAUCCUGCCUCAUCCACUCCAGGAUCCACAGCGGGGAGAAGCCCUAUGGCUGCAGGGAAUAAGGAAAGGCCUUUUUCGAGAAGUCACGCCUCAUCCUGCAUCACAGGACUCACACGGGGGAGAAGCCCUGCGGCUGCGCGGAGUGCGGGAAAGCUGCUCCCAGAACUCCUGCCUCCUACCCACAGGCGGACUCGCGGGGAAGAAACCGUACGAGUGCUCCGACUGCGGGAAGACCUUCUCCCAGAAGGCGAACCUCAUCCGCCACCACGGGAUCCACACGAGGAGAAGCUGCACGGGUGAAGAGACCGUGGGAUCGUCACAAAGUCGCAUCACGAGGUCGCCGAACCUCUAGGAGGGACAUCGCCAGGGAAACAGCCCUCAACCAAAACUACGACGCCACCCUAGGCAGAGGUCCCAUAUCGGGAUGAAAUUCGGCCACUUUGGUGGCUUAAGGAAAGCAUGGGCAGCUGGGCGCUGUGGCUCAUGCCUGUAAUCCCACCACUUUGGGACGCCGAGGCAGGUGGAUCACCUGAGGUCAGGAGUUCAAGACCAGUCUGGCCAACAUGGUGAAAGCUCGGCUCUACUAAAAGUACAAAAAAUUAGACGAGAAUUGUGGCAGGCGCUUGUAAUCCCAGCUACUCGGGAGGUUGAGGCAGGAGAAUCGCUUGAACCCGGGAGGCGGAGAUUGCAGUGAGUCGAGAUCGCACCACUGCACUCCAGCCUGGGUGACAGAGUGAGACUCAGUCUCAAAAACAAACAACAAAAAAGCAUGGUCUGGUCUGUUAAAACUAACGGUGGAAGGGUAAUGGUAUGCUAGAGUGAUCUAUUUUCGUAGGUGUACUUUUUUUUUUUUUUUUGAGACGGAGUCCUCGUUCUAUCGCCCAGUCUGGAGGGCAGUGGCGCCAUCUCGGCUCACUGCAGCCUCUGCCUCCCGGGUUCAUGUGAUUCUCUUGCUUCAGCCCCCCGAGUAGCUGGGAUUACAGGUGCCUGCCAGCGUGCCUGGCCAAUUUUUUGUGUUUUUAGUAGAGAUGGAGUUUCACCAUGUUGGUCAGGCUGGUCUCGAACUCCUGACCUCAUGAUCUGCCCACCUCGGCUUCCCAAAGUGCUGGGAUUACAGGCGUGAGCCACUUUAGCCAGGAUAUACUUAAUUAUAAAGACAACUGUGGAUACGAAGUUUUUUUUUCUUUUGAGAUGGAGUUUCACUCUUGUUGCCCAGGCUAUGGGAAGAAAUGAAAUCAUUACGACUAACAGAUCUAAAAAGCAUGAGAACAUCCCAGAGGGACGCAGGGGUGUGUUCCGAGUGUGCUACAGACAGAAAGCUGACUUCAUGAGACCGAGGAUCUCGUUCGUUGAUCGAUGCUACAUAUUCAGCAUGUUGGAUAAUGAGCCUCAUCCUAACCUCUCGGAAGCACUCAACUUGCCGGGUCCAUCCUUCCUUCUUGAAGCAUUCGUACCCUUGCUCCCACCCCUGACAUCGGCUGACCCAGGAGAAGAGCACAGAGGCCCACACGCCACGUGUGUGAAUUGCAAGUGAAACUGACAAGCGGUUA